CCGGGGGCGGGGCGGCGGCGGACGCGCGCCUCAGGCGGCAGCCGCGCGAGAGGGACUUUGUGUUCCUCUGACCCUCGUGGGGGCGCUUCCUCCCGUGCCGCCCUUCCCCUCCCGCGCCGCGUCCUUGCGAGGCGCCUCCCAUUCGGCGGGACCGACCGGGGGGAUGGAGGGGGCACGCUCCUACAGCCCUCCCGGGACCCUGAAGAGACGCCCGCGUGCGACCUGAGACGCCGCCCUCGCCCAGGGCCCAUGGGCGCGUCCCCACGGGCGGGCAGCGGACGUCAGGGCGGCGAGCGGCGGGGCCGUAGCGUCCGGAAGGGCCGCGCUCGGGCUCGGCCCCGCGCAGGCCGCGCGCGCGCGCUCCCGCCGCAGCCCGGGCCGCGCCCGCCCCGCCUCUCCGCGCCGGCCCCGGAGCCCGGUCCGCGAGCGGCGGCGGCGGCCGGAGGGAUGAUGAGCUGCGCGGGGCGGGCGGGCCCUGCCCGGCUCGCCGCGCUCGCCCUGCUGACCUGCAGCCUGUGGCCGGCGCGGGCAGACAACGCGAGCCAGGAGUACUACACGGCGCUCAUCAACGUGACGGUGCAGGAGCCCGGCCGCGGCGCCCCGCUCACGUUCCGCAUCGACCGCGGGCGCUACGGGCUGGACUCCCCCAAGGCCGAGGUCCGCGGCCAGGUGCUGGCGCCGCUGCCCCUCCACGGAGUUGCUGAUCAUCUGGGCUGUGAUCCACAAACCCGGUUCUUUGUCCCUCCUAAUAUCAAACAGUGGAUUGCCUUGCUGCAGAGGGGAAACUGCACAUUUAAAGAGAAAAUAUCACGGGCUGCUUUCCACAAUGCAGUUGCUGUAGUCAUCUACAAUAAUAAAUCCAAAGAGGAGCCGGUUACCAUGACUCACCCAGGCACUGGAGAUAUUAUUGCUGUCAUGAUAACAGAAUUGAGGGGUAAGGAUAUUUUGAGUUAUCUGGAGAAAAACAUCUCUGUACAAAUGACAAUAGCUGUUGGAACUCGAAUGCCACCGAAGAACUUCAGCCGUGGCUCUCUAGUCUUCGUGUCAAUAUCCUUUAUUGUUUUGAUGAUUAUUUCUUCAGCAUGGCUCAUAUUCUACUUCAUUCAGAAGAUCAGGUACACAAAUGCACGCGACAGGAACCAGCGUCGUCUUGGAGAUGCAGCUAAGAAAGCCAUCAGUAAAUUGACAACCAGGACAGUAAAGAAGGGUGACAAGGAAACUGACCCAGACUUUGAUCAUUGCGCAGUCUGCAUAGAGAGCUAUAAGCAGAAUGAUGUCGUCCGAAUUCUCCCCUGCAAGCAUGUUUUCCACAAAUCCUGCGUGGAUCCCUGGCUUAGUGAACACUGUACCUGUCCUAUGUGCAAACUUAAUAUAUUGAAGGCCUUGGGAAUUGUGCCGAAUUUGCCAUGUACUGAUAACGUAGCAUUCGAUAUGGAAAGGCUCACCAGAACCCAAGCUGUAAACCGAAGAUCAGCCCUUGGCGACCUUGCCGGCGACAACUCUCUCGGCCUUGAGCCACUUCGAACUUCGGGGAUCUCACCUCUUCCUCAGGAUGGGGAGCUCACUCCGAGAACAGGAGAAAUCAACAUUGCAGUAACAAGUGGUCACUUUUUUCAUCGAAACUCCUUGUCCCCUCGGAGUCUGGUGUAUGAAAGUGAAUUCUCCACAAUCGAACCUUCUUUGGACAUGUUUGAUGAGAACAAAACCUGAAUUUUAAACAGGGGCUCUUGGGGUCACUGCUUUUGUGAUUUGAUUUCUGAUCACCUUUCUUAUUUUGUAUUCUCCUGUCAGCAUCCGUUUUGGAAGAAUGGCAGCACUUUCCAAGCACAGGUUGGGGUUCAGGGUUAAUUUGCAAAGUUCCCCAAGGUGAGGCAUUGAGGACAGUAGUAUUGCCCAGGUGAGCCUUGUGGUAUUGAAAACCCGCCCAAGCUGAUCAUCGAAGGUGGGCGCCCAGCAAGCCUGGCUGUUUGCAGAGAAGAGGCUGGGCCCAGGAUUAAUGUUGCAUUGGAGAUGCAUCUCUGAAUACUCACAUGCUGUUCUGUGCCAGGGAAGCUGGGGUUUUUAACAUCCUUUUGUGGUCCCUGCUUACGAUGCAUACCUCCCUGUGGGAGAAGCUUCCUACCCGUGUGGAGUGCAGGUGCUGCUCCCUGACUGACUCUGGAUGCUCCCCUCUCGCUUAUUCUACUUCCUGCUGAAGGGCUUCUUCUAAAGGGGGUUGAGAGAAGGCCUUGCCUUUGUAUCUCCUCUGAGACUGACCACCCACUUCCUGCCAGGGCAGGGCUGUGGGAGACGCAGGCGCUGGGGCCGGGUCUGUGUGCAGGGCCAGGCAGCCAUCUGCAUUGCCAUUUUCCAGCCUCCAUGUUGAGCAUGACGUUAAGUGACAAGUGUUUAUGUCAGCACAAAAACACUGAAGGCCCUUCCAUCCUGCAGCCUGUGGACAUUUCUACUCGGCCACCCCUGGGUGUAGGGAGUGUGUGUAUAGGGAGGUGGCACCCGGGAGCCCAGCCCAGCAGUGUCUCUGGGCACAGUGAUUUCAGGGGGGUGGCCAGCAGUUGUGAAAAACAGAAUGAUCUGGAAUGUCUCAUUGGGAAGACCAAACCCCCUUCUUGCUGCAGAUGCCAGAUAAGCUCCCACCUUCAGUGUCCACUGUGCAGCCCAGUCCCCUCCACCAGUCCCAGCAUAGCAUGAAAAGGCACAGGAGCACCAGCUGCCGGGCUUACAGGACAGGGUGCAGCAGCCUGCAUCCCAGGCCAGCAUCCCUGGCAUCAGGGACAUGCAGGAUCUUCCCACACACCUGGGAUGACAUCGAAUUAACAUGAUGAGAAAAUUGCAUCUUGCGAGUAAUCCCAGUCCAGAACCACCAUGGGCAAAUUUGUAAAACGAAUCUGCACACCCUCUUUGCAAAAGGACACACCUGAGUUGAGUCUGCCUGUCCUCACUGGUAUGAGCUGCGUGGGGGCGUGAGGCGCACAGAGCCUGGCUGUGAGAAGAGGAACCUCAGUCUGCACAUGCCUAGGGUCAGAUCUGAUGGCAAACCAAGCAGAUGCGUGAAUCCCCCGCCCUGUUCUCACUGACUGUGGAACAUGAAUUUGAAGUGGACACUUGCCAUUUUUCCACGUGCA